GCCGGCAGCGGCAGGCGCGCAGCGGCGAUGCCGCGGGCGGGCAUCCACCCGGGCUCCCGGGGCACGGCGCUGCUGGCCCUGUCGCUGGUGCUCGCAGGGUCCCUGGGCGGCGGGCAGCACUACGACUACUAUGGGUGGCAGCCCGAGAGCCUGCCCCACGGGCGCUUCUACGGGCGGGAGCCGCAGUGCCUCGACAUCCCGCCCGACAUGCAGCUCUGCCGCGACGUGGGCUACAAGCGCAUGCGGCUGCCCAACCUGCUGGAGCACGAGACCAUGGCCGAAGCCAAGCAGCAGGCUGGCAGCUGGGUGCCCCUGCUCGCCAAGCAGUGCCACACCGACACCCAGCUCUUCCUCUGCUCCCUCUUCGCCCCUGUCUGCCUCGACCGGCCCGUCUACCCCUGCCGCUCCCUCUGUGAGGUGGUACGUGACUCCUGUGCCCCUGUCAUGGAGUCCUACGGCUUCCCCUGGCCUGAGAUGCUGCACUGUGGCAAGUUCCCCUCUGACCAUGAGCUCUGUAUCGCCGUCCAGUUUGGGAACAGCAAAGCCACACCACCACCAGUGUCCAAGAUCUGCACGCAGUGUGAGAUGGAGCACAAGGCGGAUGGCAUGAUGGAGCAGAUGUGCUCCAGUGACUUUGUGGUGAAAAUGCGCAUCAAGGAGAUGACGGAGGAGAACGGGGAGCGGCGGCUGGUGGCUGCCCAGAAGAAGAAGGUGCUGAAACUGGGCCCGCUGAAGCGCAAGGACACCAAGAAGAUGGUGCUGCACAUGAGGAAUGCAGGUGCCUGCCCCUGCCCCCAGCUUGACAGCCUCAGUGGCAGCUUCCUGGUCAUGGGCCGCAAGGUGGGCGGCCGCCUGCUCCUCCUGGCUAUCUACCCCUGGCAGAAGCACAACAAGGAGAUGAAGUUUGCAGUCAAGUUCAUGUUCUCCUACCCUUGCCCGCUCUACCACCCCCUGCUCUAUGGGGCCGGGCAGCACUAGGGCUUUUUGCCCACCCUGCCUCCUCCCAGAACUCCUGCACUGGCCCAACAUCCCACCCCUGGCUUUCCUGGCUGUAACCCCAGGACCUCAGCUCUGCUCACCUCAGCCCCUUGGUUGUGCCCCAGAACCCAGCUUUGCACCUGCAGGAUUCCCUGCUGUGUUUGUGGGAGCCCUGAUCCACAGCCAGGACACCAGCCUCCUCCCUAGAGCCCUGCUCUGCACCCCUGGGACCCUGUUCUGCUCCAAGGACCCCCACUCCUGUCCAGGAGCUUAGUCUGGACCCAGGACCCUUGUUCUGCAUGUUUGUGAGCCCUGGUCUGUACUGGACACCCUUGUCUAUUCCCAGGCUCCCCAGUGAGAAGCCCAGAGACCCUUGCUUUCAUUUAGGAUCCCUGCUUGGCCCUCUUGGCUACACCUGGGACCCCGACCCUGCAGCCAUGUCCUUUGCCCAGCUCCCUCAUGAUAUGCCGCAGACCCUCAGCCCCCCCAGUCCCUAUUCCAGCCCACCAACACAUCCCAUGCCCUCACCUGGAGCUCACAUCAAGCCCUGGAUUAUCUCACCUUCACAGUGAUCCAGCCCAGCCCAGCCAGGUCCCUCUUGCCCCUCUGUUCCCACAGACUGACUCCCUCCAGACCAAGUGCCAGACCAAGAGCUGCACAAACCCUUCCUGGGUUCCCCCACUCCCCACACCACAUGGCUCAGUGUGUGAGGGGGGUCCACCUCCAAGUGCCUCAGACCAGCCCUGCUGCAUCCCUCGCACACACCCUGCUGUGACCCAGCCCACGCACCCCUUGCCCAUCAGCACCACAGUAAAUUAUUCCAGCUCAGAGAAGUCUGUGUGCCACUCACUGCAGUUCAUGGGUGAGCGUCCCUUGGGGCUCUCUCAGGGCCACAGAAGAAUGGGAGGGGGGUCCCAGUCCUGCCCACUGAGUGAGGCAGCCUGAGGGAGUGAGGUCACCUCAGGAUCUGGCUCUUGCCCCACUCCAGGUACUGUGCCCAGAGCCUGAAGCUGGGCAGUCCAGCCAGGCCAAUGGAUGUGGUUCCUAGUGAUCACAGGCAUGCCUAGAAACUCAGGCACCCCUGCCACUCCAGAGAGCCUGGGAGGACAUUGAGAUGAGUAGGAUGGGGGGACAGGGCCAUCACUGCUGCUGGAACCUCACAGCUGGGUAUGGCAGUGGUUUGCCAGGGAAGUUUCUUCCUUUGUCACCCCAGGGGAUAAAUCCGUGGUCUGGGAGCUCACAGCACUUGUGAAAAGCCUGGCACUGAGCAUCAUAGGGGGCAGCCUCCAACCCUGUCCUCCCCAGACCAUAUCAUCUGAAAGUCCUCUCUGCAGCUCCCUGCCAGCCCUGCUUGGCUGCCAGACCUCACAUGCCACAACCUCCAACCUCCUCCAAAAUGAUUCCUAGGGCCACCCACCUGCACUAGCCAGGACCCUCCCAAAAGCCCAAGGACCAGGGCAGCCCUCUGAUGGCAGCAGGGGCUGUCCCUUAGCUCAGCUCGGCUUCCCCAGCCCCAGCUGGCAAGGGGGCAGCUCAAGCGACCCCGUCGUGUUCCCGCAGCACGUACUUGUAUCCACCCGUCCCAAAGGGUGAGGGGGGCUGAAGGUGGCUGCCAGGACAUUUACCCAGUGCCUGGCUGCCUGACACUGUCUUCUCUUCGGAGCUGGCCUGGCCUCAGGGGGCCUCCUGUGACAAGAAGGAAAUUGAGGCUGCAGGAUGUCUGCACCCACCCUCUUCUGGCUGACAAGAGCACUGUGCACCUGCCCUGCUCUGAGGUGACCUCUUCUCCCUCUGCCCUCCUUGGGCACGGCCUUGGCCCCACUGGUCAGCCUCCAGAGCCCCAAAUCUCCAACUCUGGCCAGGGAGAGGUGCCUAUGCCCCUGCCCCACAGCCAGCCAGGAACAUGGGCCAGCCAGCCCCUGACCCAGCCUCACACCAGAAAUGGGCACUCCUCCCUGACCACUGGGAAAAAAAAAAUGGGGGAACAAAUCAAAUAUUAUUAGAAGGUUUGUUCAGAGCUUGACUGCUGAGCACACUUCCACAGGAAUAAACUCUGUCAAUUAUGAUAUUUUAUUGCAAAACUUUAAAAGCAUAAAUAAAACUCCAUCUCCCACAGCCUAAGUUUAUAUGUAGCCCUCUGUAUUCUGU